AUGCCACCCCGCAAAUCAAAGAAAAAGCAGACGCGACUUGCCUUUGCUGCUUCCACAGCUUCACCUUCAGUGGGUGUGAGCCCGGAGCAAAGCAACCGAUAUGCGACACUCACGUACGACAACCCAAGCUUGGGCACAUACCGUCCUCCAAAGUCUCUCAAAAGCAAGCCGGAAACUUCGCCCGAGAAGAAACGGCCGAAGCUCCCCGCCAAGAAGAGGUCCAAUGACAGACCCGCGAACCAACUGUGUAUAGAAGAUCAAUCGGGCGAUGAAUCCUUAGAUCAGCCUAUCGUCCCCGCCUCCCAGAAGAGAAAGCAAGCCGCGCCGCCCGAAAACCUCGACCCACCAAAGCUCGACGAACCGCAAGAUGCGAAGAAAUCCCGCUCGCGAAAAUCACAGCGGUCCUUACGAUUCUCAAAGACACAAACCGAGAACAUAAAUGAGUCAGGUUCGGGGGAGCUAUCCCAGCCGCGUCGGACACUCAAGCGAAAGGCCGCAAGCCCACGGAUUGACAGCGACUCGGAUGAGCCAGUGGCCUCGGUAGCCAGACGGCGCAGGUCUACCCGAGGUGGUCGUUCCUCAAGCUCGCCUGUUAUACUCAGAGAUGAUGAUUCAAACGAGUCAGUGGUUCCUUCGACCGCCAAGAGGCUCAGGGUAGCGAGGCCAGCCGCUGUGUCCAAAAGUGAUGAUGAUGACUCGGACGACCCAGUGGCCUCUUCGCCAGUGAAGAGGCUUCGACGUGGACAGGAGAAAGAAACACCCCAAGCUCCCCACAACCCGCGCCACAUCUCGGAACAGGCCAGACUUGAUAUCGCAGAGGAUUUGGAGGACCUUCAGGAUUCAGUUGUUAAGAAAAGUCGAACUCGCGGCCGGAAUGUCGAAUCUGCUCGAGACAAGAGAAUGAAGCAUCUUGAAGCCCUCCGGCGCAGACGGGCUGGUGUGAAAGAUGAGGAGGAAGACGACGACGAAGAAGAAGAUGAUGAUGAUGACGAAUACGAUUCAGAUGUGCAGGAGAUUAAACGACCUGGCAGCGAUGCCAGUCCCUCUGGUCGUGGUCUCUGGCGGCAACACGACGGUGACAGCGACAUAGAAUCAGAUAUCGACCCUAACGAGAACCUUGAUCGGUAUGAAGACGACUUCGUCCUCGAAGACGAGGUGAACGACCUCGGCGUGCCCACCGAGGAGAUCCCUUUCGAGUUCACCCGACAUGCAUAUAAGCAGCCGAAGGAAUACUUCCGCGACGUCAUCGGCUGGAUGGUGCAAAACAAACUGAACCCGGCCUUCCCUCGCUCUGACGACAUGUACAAGAUGGCAUUCAUGAAGCUGGAAGAUGAAGUCAAGGGUCGGGCUGGUUCACAGCUGAUCUCCUCCGUUUGGAAUCCCAGUUUCGUCUAUGCACUCCAGGCCCGGCCGCACAUGGAAAUCUCCGCCUUCCCCACGGAGGAGAACCAUCCCUGCGAUGCUUGCAGGCGCUCUGGACAUCCCGCUUCUAGUGAUAUGAAGCUCUACGGGAAGGCGUAUUCCCUGCAGACGCUGGAGCCGCUGGAAGAUGAGAAUGAUGACAGCGAUGACAGUGACGACGGUUCCAAUAACCACGAUGGAAAGGAUCGGGACCGGGAUGGCCAUGUCAUUCCUCCGGAAAAUGUCCGGUAUUUCCUGGGAAAACAAUGCAAGGCGAGAGCCCAGCUCGCCCACACCCUCACCCACUGGCGUUACCAUCUCAAUGAAUGGGUCAUCGAUUUCCUCGAGCGUACGGGCCAUAUGGAUGAUCACGAGAUCCUUCGACGAAAUAAUAUGAGCGUCAAGCGGAAGACGCGAAAUGCGAAUGAUGUCCUCGACAGUAUGACUGGAAGUGGUGAAGUCGACAAGCUUUGGCGUGACUUCCACAUUAAUCUCAAGUCUGCUCGCGAGAAAGAGUCUAUCUACGGAUGA